AUGGCGGUAGACGUACGUGUCCACCCCGUCGUGCCUGACACCCAACCGCCCUUACUUGUCGCGCUUGGCGUCUUCGAACGCGUAUUCCUAGCGGCGCGAGGCUAUUGGAACAGCAUCCAGGUGGGGCAUCGAGGUCGGUACUCGGUCGAGAGACUGCUUGCCUUCCAGGAAUAUUACCAGCGGACGUCGCCGAUACGCGCCUUCAUGGUUUGUUUCGUCGCCCUGCUGCCUCCCUUUGUGAUCGCAAUUCUGAUCGAGUUGAUUCCGCUGAAGCCGCCUGAUCUCGGCUGGAAAGCCAACUACCCGUUUUGGAUCCGACUGUAUGCGACGGCAGUGCCCAUCGCCUUUGGAGGCCUCUACCAAGUGAAGGAAGUCAUCGCACCGGGAGCUGUAUCGACUGUGGGGAGUGUACUUAUAAUAGUCGGCACUAGCACGUGUUACGUGUCUUUGGUGAUGCUAGUUGCAGCUUUGUGGAAGUUCCCGAUCCCGUUCGGAUUCGUGUUGAGCAUUGCCCCAUUCAUCAGCAUCUACAUGGUUCUCCUCACGUUGACCAUCGGUCCGCGCGUGCUGUCCCGGUCUCCGAAUCUGCGACGGCAGCUCUCAUUGCAGUUGUUCGUCGUCGCGGCGGAAGGAAUUUUGGGCAUCGCGUACCCGACUUUCGGAGCGAUCUUCAAUCAACUUUCCAGUAUCGGACAGACCGCCUUCAUCUUCGUACUUCCGAUAAUCAAGUUCUGCAUCAAGCAAUUUGUCGCAAAAAUGUCGGCACAUCUACACGAAUACGUGGGACUUACUGUUCUGCUGUCGGUCGACGUGUGCAAUGUUCUCUACGUGGCGAUCUGCGUGCAGACGGCAGUAUCACCGAUCACAUCGGGACUACUAAUCGCUUCCGACGCCUUUUUCGUGCUAAUGGCGUUGAGGUCGAUCUACUACCAGUCGGACGUCACCCAAGCGCGUCAAAGAUUGCUAUCGGCGAAUUCUAAACUCCCGGCCACACUCAACUACAUCCGCAACCUCAGAGCUUUGCUACGCGAAGCCUUCCAGAGCCCACGGGCAGCUGAAGCUUCUCGAGUUCCGAUCCGCAUUCGCGCGCCAUUCCCUUUGCCUUUAUCGGAUGAAAGCAAGGCGUUUAUGGAGGAACUGGAAAUGGCACGCCGGCGAUUUUCGGUGGCAACGGAGUUUGGGGGGAAGAACCUGUCCGCUGAUUUAAAAAUGUCUAAAAGUUGUUCUCGUGGACAAAGUGCCAACAUCCAUUGCAGUGAGAAGCGCGAGUCGAGUCGAACGAUGUCGCCUGGUAAACCAAGGCCAGCGCUCCAUUUUCAAGACUGCAUUCAGCUCCCUUCGACUCCUCCACGCAACAGUAUUGGAUCUUCUUUUGACAAACCGGUGCUAGCUCACAAAGUUUCGGCCAAGGCUACAGCAGCAUCGGGCACCCUCCCACGCUCUACGGCCAGUAGUGUAGCUACACGCACGACUUCCAGGGCGGAGACCUACCACCUCGACGUGGUUAUAGCUGACGUUCAGGACUCCCUUCAGGCUCUUUUCCACUCCGAGUACGUCGUUCUGGCCGAGUUCAUCGAAUCCGUUAUCCCCUUGCACUACGGAAUCUACCUCGCUGUGCUGUACCAUCUCCCCACCGCCCAAUACUAUCCAAACACGCGCACACUAACCCCGGAGAAAUUCGCGAGCACAGAGCUGAACAUCAUGCUGUACGCGGCGGUAGAGUUUGCCUCGUUUAUUGGGGUGAAUCUGCUGCUCCAGAGGAAGUUUGGGUUUUCACCGCUGUACCAGCUCGCGUUCGUGUGCGAAACGCACUCACGGGUCAUUCUGAGCCACUGCAUUGUGUGGAUCAUGUACGUGCUAACACUGUCACUGGAUCACAAUGGUAAGUCGAUUGGAGGAAAGUCUGGCAGUAGUUUAAGGCUUGAGUGCUAA